AAUGAGAAAACCGGAGCUUUUGUGGUGAAGAAUGGACGUGGAGGAAUCAAUUGGUACCGAUACCAAAGGGAAAUCCUUACUGCAAAGCUCUUGCCCUUUGCAAAGGAAUGCCUGAAGGAUCGUCCAAAUACUAUUGUUCAGGAGGACAAUACACCAGCCCACAAAUCUCAUUACCAAUAAGGGAUUUACAACCUUUGGAGGAUCAUGAAAAUGCUCUGGCCAAGUAACUCACCUGAUCUCAAUGCUAUUGAGCCUAUGUGGUUUUAUAUAAAGAAAGAAACUACAAAGCGGGGACCUACGAGCAAUAGAAAGAAGCUAAGGGUGAGGUGGGAGAAAUGCUGGGAGGAUCUCCCUCAAAGAAAAAUUCAAGAGUGGAUUGAGGCAAUUCCUCAUCACGUGAAAGAGGUAAUUAGAUUGGAGGGAGGGAACGAGUAUAAGGAAGGGCGAAAGAAG